ACUGCAUUCCAGCUCCAGGCUGUUGCUGUGGUGAAGGCUUUUACGAUUCCCCGGAGGGCACUGGAGGAAAAUGUAGACUAUACUCAAGGCGAAUUUGUUGCCAAGAUUCACUCUGAUUUCGAUGAUGGCACAGGGAAUAUCAUCUACUCUUUAGAGGGGAUUGGUGCAAACCAGUAUCCCUUCAAUGUGUUUGUGGUUGACCCUGUAACUGGAGUAAUUCGUGUGACUCAGGUGCUUGACAGGGAGUCCAUUGCUUUGUACAACCUGUCAGGUGUUGUUCGGUACAGAGAUGGUAGGCUGGCAGAAGAAAACUUUGAUAUACGAUUUAAGGUUGUAGAUCAGAAUGACAACCCUCCAGUGUUUGGAAAUAUCAUGCCCUGUGAGGUGCAGGAGCUCACUCCUCCAGGGACUUCUAUUCAGAAAAUAACUGCAACUGAUGCUGAUGAACCAGGGAAUGAGAACUCUCAGAUUGCCUAUUCCAUCGUAAAUCAGAAUCCACCCAAUGGCAUGUUUGGCAUUUCUACAGAUGGAACCAUCUUUGUCAACAAUUUAUUGGACAGAGAGAAAGCAGAUCAGUACACUCUGACAGUGAGAGGUCAAGACUUGAAUGGCAGUCCCGGGGGAAACGCUGCAACCAGCACUGUUACCAUUAAGGUCCUGGAUGUGAAUGACAACCUUCCUACACUGGAAAAAGAAGCGUAUGAGGGCAGCAUUGAUGAGAAUACACAAGGUGUGGAGGUGAUGAGACUCAAAGCAGAAGACCCGGACCUGGAGGGAACAGACAACUGGCAAGCUGUGUUUGACAUUGUCAAAGGCAAUGAGGCGGGAUACUUCAGCAUUAAAACAGACCCCAUCACCAAUGAGGGCAUCCUAAUGCUUGACAAGGCUGUAAAUUAUGAGGACGUGAAGGACCUUGACCUAGGAAUAUCUGUUAGAAACAAGGCUCCACCAUAUGAUGGAUCUGGGGCAAGUUCUGGAACUAGUAUAAGUUUUGGAGGAGGAGGAGGAGGAGGAGGAACAGCUGGAUCAACUGGAGGUACUGGUACGGGAAGUUGGUCUGGAGGAUCAUCAUGGCAAAGUGGGACGACAUUUAAAACCUAUCCAGUCAAAAUCAAUGUAAAGAAUCAGCCUGAGGGGCCAGCCUUUGACCCCAAAGUCAAAGCUGUUCCCAUCUCAGAGGGAGGCAACUCCUUCAACAUUAAUGAUGUUAUUGCCCGCUACCCUGCAAUAGAUGGAGACACUGGGAAACCAGCUGAGAAUGUCAGGUAUGCCAAGGGCUCAGACCCUGACAACUGGCUAACCAUCGACCCAAAGACAGCUGAGAUCAAACUGAACAAGAUGCCUGAUAGAGAAUCUGAAUUUCUGGUCAAUGGGACAUAUUUUGCUAAAGUGCUGUGCAUCACUGAAGACCAGCCUGCUACAAUGGCCACCGGCACCGUAGCAGUCCAGGUGGAAGAUUUUAAUGACCACUGCCCCACCCUGACCAGCAACAUCCAGACUAUGUGUACCACACAUGAUUCUGUUAUUGUGAAUGCUAAAGAUGAGGAUGUUUUCCCUAACGGACCUCCUUUUGACUUUGUAAUCGUCCAAGUGGGCACUAAGGGCAAAUGGCAAGUGGAGCAUCUCAAUGACACUGCAGCGAUCCUGAGGGCGAAGGAAUCCAUGUGGCCUGGUGUGUAUGAGGUGGAAUUUUUGGUCAAGGAUCAGCAGGGACAUUCCUGUCCAGAACCACAGAAAGUGAAGGUCCAAGUUUGCACCUGUGAGGAUGGAGUGCAGUGUGGAAAACGAGGCAGCAGUGGUCAGUCCAGCAAAGGGGUAGAGUUCGGACCUGCAGGCAUCGGACUGCUACUUCUGGGCCUGCUGCUCUUACUACUCAUUCCCCUGUUGCUACUCUUCUGCCAGUGUGGGGGAGCUGCUGGUCCUCCAGGAAACUUUACUGAGAUGCUUUUCGACACCAAGUCACACCUCAUUAGCUACCACACUGAGGGCCAGGGAGAGAACACGAGAGUCCUGGUUGUUGGAGGGCCAGUAAGCAGUGGAAGGCAGCUUGUCCAGGAGGAAGGAGAUCUGUCCCAGAAGAGUGAUAUCUCUGGAUCUCAAAGAGUCCGCUACAGCAAAAGCAGUCCAAAUGGUGAUGGGAUGCUUGUGGGGCUCAACUAAUACAAAACAGUCAAUGGAGAGAGGGCAUGUUUCCCAUACUCCUUCCUUGACAAUUGAAUUUUUUGAAUUUUUCAAUGAAACAAAAAGAAAAGAAAAAAUGCCAAUCCCAGCCUCCCUUCAAGCAGUGCAUUCCUAAAGGUCAGGGGGAGAGGCAAUGUUACAUUACAGUACAUGGUCAUUACUUCAAAGAAAGGAAGGAAUAAAUAAACAAUAAAAUAACAACAAUGGUCAUCUAAUGCCCAAAACUAUCCUAGCAGACCUAUUUAGUAACUUCACGCAGCCCCACAUCUCUGUUGCUGUGCAGUUAUCUAGGGCAAAGUUCUCCAGCGCAGAUAUCUCCACACAUACAUAUGAUUACAUUUGUUUAUUUUCUAUAUAUGAUUUUUAUUUACAUUUUUUAUGUCUUCACCACUGUUAAGACUGUCUUAUAUCUUUAGUGGCACAGAAUGUCACACAGUCAUUUCAGUAUAAAAUCCGUAUAUUCUCAUAUUUUAUGUCGUUUUCAGUUCUAUUGUUUUGCAUUAUCUCUUCCACAUUUAUAUGCCUGCUGUGUGUUGGCACCAAUAUAACAGACAUGAAUACUUUGGAUUUGGUAGAUCAAUUUUGUGCCAGAUUAGGUUGCUACAUAUGGUUGGAGCGAGAAACGUCAGUGUCCGUUCUUGUAAUGAAAGAAAACUGGGUAGCUGACUGAGGUUUAUUCCUUUAAGUUUACAAAAUCUUCUGUUUGCUCUGUAAGUUGUUCCCUUUUUCUUGUAUUCAAAAACAUUGAUGGGAAGCUCCACUUUUCAGGUUGUUCUGUAAAUAUUUUUCUAAUAAAUAAUAAAUAUAGCAAUUUGGAUUGAAAAGAUACAGAAGAAAUAAUAGUGUACUUACUCAUAUCUGCUAUGUCACCACAGGAGCUUAUAUCACUAAAGAGCUUAUACAGUAUACAGCUUAUACAGUAUUAACCGGCAACUUCCAGAAAAAAAUGAGACACUUCAAAAAACUGCCGUCCCUCUAAUGGCCACUUGAGGCUGGCACCAGAAGUGACUCAUUCCCCAUCCCCCUUGUUAAAUUGAUCAACUUUACAGCAGAAAUAAACAUGUUUGCCACCUUCAUGA